UCUGCCCAGGGCCCCACGCCACGGUGCCCUCGUUUAAUUGACAGCUGGGGAAGAAGCUGGGUGCGCAACUCGAGUGUGGCGGCUGUGCGUCUCGCAUUCAGCAUCCCGCUUCCCGCAGCCUUCACCCUUUACCCGGCACUGGAGCUCCGGCUCUGCGACAGAGGGGGAGGGGAAGGCCAAGCCUCGCGGGAGGCUGGUACGUGCUCGUGCUCGUGGGGUGAACACGCGUGUGCGCGCCCGCUGGGCAUGGAUAGGCUCGUGUGACCUCGGGACGCGCACCGUGCACAGCCGGCUGUGAAAUCUUGUGCGUGAAUGGUGCGCGUGCACGGUGUUUGUGGAUCCAAGUUCAAAUGGCAUCAGCCACAGACUCGCGCUAUGGGCAGAAGGAGUCCUCCGACCAGAACUUCGACUAUAUGUUCAAGAUCCUGAUCAUUGGAAACAGCAGCGUGGGCAAAACCUCCUUCCUUUUCCGCUAUGCUGACGACUCCUUCACGCCGGCCUUCGUCAGCACAGUUGGCAUAGACUUCAAGGUCAAAACCAUCUACCGUAAUGACAAGAGGAUCAAACUGCAGAUCUGGGACACAGCAGGGCAGGAGCGGUACCGUACCAUCACCACAGCCUAUUACCGGGGUGCCAUGGGUUUCAUCCUAAUGUAUGACAUCACCAAUGAGGAGUCCUUCAAUGCAGUGCAGGACUGGUCGACUCAGAUUAAAACUUACUCAUGGGACAAUGCCCAGGUGCUGCUGGUGGGAAACAAGUGUGACAUGGAGGACGAGCGCGUGGUGUCAUCGGAACGCGGCCGGCAGCUUGCUGACCACCUGGGGUUUGAGUUUUUUGAGGCCAGCGCCAAGGACAACAUCAAUGUCAAGCAGACCUUUGAACGUCUGGUGGAUGUGAUCUGUGAGAAGAUGUCAGAGUCGCUGGACACUGCUGACCCCGCGGUCACAGGCGCCAAGCAGGGCCCGCAGCUCACUGACCAGCAGGCACCUCCUCAUCAGGAUUGCGCCUGCUGAGCCACCCCCCACCAGGGGCAAGCCCCUACCCCAUCACCCUAUUUAUUAUCGUAGCUAUUUAUUUAUUUAUUGAGGGUGUCCCUGGACGCACCCCUCACCCCCCCCGUCUAUAUACCCCCCCCCCCCCCCCGCUCUGCCGUGGUGUGUUGUGGUCAAUGCCCCCCAAGGCCCUCCUUUUUGGUUUUCUAAGCCACCGCAUCCACAGUUGUCGGUUGUGAAGAGGGGACCAGAUGUCACUCUGAAGCAGGCUGAUGGGAGAUGGCAGGGCCUAGCCAGCCCCGAGGCUGGGGGAUUGCCAUGUGGACCACUGGGUUGACAGACUGGCAUCCUGCUUGUUACUUUAUCUUUGGGGAGACAGGAUGUGGAGAAGGAAGGGAGGAUCUAUUCACCUUCACUGCUUUGGGAUAUCCCCACACCUGUUCUGACGUCAUGAGUGUCAAAUGUGUUCCCCCACUUCCCUAGAAGUUAUGAACACUACACACAGUUCAAUAAAGUGAAUGGACCUUG